AUGCCGUUUCAAGACCAGCUCGACCUGCUCUCCCUGAUAGAAGAUAUUCGCCAGGCGACAGCCAAAGACAGCAGCAGCAGCAGCAGCAGCCGAUCGUCACAGUCCCAUUUCCAUCUUCUGAGCCUCAUCGACCAAUUGAGGCUCGCUGUCGAGACACCAACUGAGACCGUUCUCCGACUGAUCUACCAACCACCCCAGAAUGCUGCCCUGCGCACACUAAUCGACCUCGGAGUCUUUGAUCUCCUGGUGAGCCACAGCGGACGCGGACUCUCAGCAACGGAGUUAUCGGCGUAUACAAGCGCCGAGCCAGGCCUGAUCAUCCGCCUCAUGCGCGUCGUCACAGCCCUCGGGCUAUGCGAGAACCCAGAAACCGAGAUCUACUGCCCAAACCACCGGACGGCGAUCCUCACGCAGCCAAUUGGUAGAGACGGGAUACGAUGCAUAUACGACCUGACGAUGCCCACGCUCGCGAGAUUACCAGAGUACUUCCGCGCGCACAACUAUGAUAUCCCGAAAGAAUAUUCCGCCUCCCCGAUGCGCUGGGCCACGGGGCAGAGCCAGUUCGAGUGGCUUGCCCAGCGUCGCCACCAGCAGGUCCUCUUCAACUCGUACAUGAGUAGUAGGCGACAGGGCAAGCCGAGUUGGUUUGAUGUGUAUCCUGUGGACCGGCUGACCGCUGCUCUUUUGGACAAGGGCGAUGUCUUCGUGGUUGAUGUCGGAGGCAACCAGGGCCAUGACCUGGUUCGAUUCCGUGAGAGAUAUCCGGAUAUUCCUGGCAGGCUUGUUUUGCAGGAUCUACCUGCCGUUGUAGCGGGGCUUGAAUGCGAGGGGGUCGAGGCGAUGGGAUAUAGCUUUUUGGAUCUGCAGCCGGUAAAGGGAGCCCGAACAUACUACUUCCGCGCCAUCUUCCAUGACUGGCCGGAUGAGGUCUGUCUCAAGAUCCUCCGCAACACGAUCUCUGCCAUGGACCCGGCCAAAUCCCGGAUCCUGAUCGUGGACUUUGUCCUUCCUGAUACGGAGACGCCACUGCUGCAAGCCUCGCUUGAUAUCCAGAUGAUGAGUAUCGGGGCGGGCGUUGAGCGGUCUAAGCGGCAGUGGACAGAGUUGCUGCGCGCGGCGGGGCUUGAGAUUUGGGGGAUCUGGAGCGCAGGUCCUGGGACGGAGUCGGUUAUUGAGACUGGGAUUGGAAAGUCAGAUCAGAUGUGA